CAUGCUCUUCUCAGUAGGUUUUAUAGUGAUAGCGAAGUUUGUCCGCCGCGCGAAGGCUCUUCUCGAAACGAAGACUAUUUUCCAGGUAUUCCGUAUACAAUCUAUCUAAUAACACACUGGAGUCCAACAUAUAUUGAUCUAGAUCCAUAUUAUGUUGUUAUUCUAGGAGCUUCUACUGUAAUUUAUUUAAAAGUUCAUCUGAUUCUAACUAUAUCUGCUGCUGUCGAGCGUAUUUUGGUAAGAAAUGAGCUUACAGCCCAGCAAGCCCUCUUUCUGCCGGCUUACUACCGUAAAGUAGCUUGCUCCACAUAUGUCGUCGUUUCGCUGAUGACCGCCCUCCUUUGGGCAGCACUCGAUCUUUGUAUGGAAUUCAGUCUUUUGGCUUUCGAGAGGAAACCAAACUGCGCUGCAGUGGGAUGCUUUUUGGACCGUAGCUACUCAUACUAUUUUAGCAUGAACGGUUUGGUGCUGAGCCUCACCGCAUUUGCACUGACAUCGCUUUUCAUGAUAAAGUUGAGAUGCUCUCAGCGGAAAUCGCGAACCCUUCAGGUACACACAGUAGGAGAGGAGUGCAGGUUUACACAGGCUAAUCGGAUCUCGGCGGGGAUUCUACUUAUUUCCCUAUUCUUCGUUACCUUUCCAUGCGUCAUCUUUAGUAUCAUUAGUAUUCGUGGCGAUUUUCUGUUUCAGUAUAUUGGUCCCUUCUUCAUUGUCCUGCUCUUCUGUGCUGGUUAA